UGUAAUCGUUUCUAUUAAAAGACGUAUGCAACAAAAUUUGUAAUGAUUUUCUAUACCCAGUUCAUCCACAAAACGCAUUUGUUGUUGUGAAUUAUGACAGCUGACGUUUCUGACGUGGUAAAAAUGUAAAGAACGUGUCUUUUUUGGAGUCGGUCUGACAGCUGUGCUGUUGUGGUGCUGUUAAUAUUUAAUUUACUCUUUAAAUAAAUAAUUUUGAAUAAACCAACUAAUAAUGUCUCCAAAAGAAAAAGAUGACAAACUCGUGAAGAUAAACAAAUGGGAUGGUGCAGCAGUUAAAAAUGCAUUGGAUGAUGCGGUUAAAGAAGUACUUACUGGAAAAUACCAUUAUGUUGAAAAUUUCUCUCUUAUGGAUGGUAGAUUAGUUAUAUGUGGCAUAGCUGUGGGUGUAGCUAUGUUUGCUCUCGUUUGGGAUUAUUUGUAUCCUUUUCCACAAUCUAGACCUAUUUUAAUAUUCUCUGUCACUACUUACUUCAUAAUGAUGGGAAUUUUAACUUUGUACACCACUUAUAAAGAAAAAGGAAUAUUUGCAGUAUGUGUUCAGAAAGAUAGCUCUAAGAAGGAAAAUAUAUGGGAAGUUAGUUCUUAUUUGCCAAAAUAUGAUGACAAAUAUACUCUGUCUCUUGUCUUUGUCGAUGGCAAGACGAAGCAAAAACGAGAGACCAGUAUAAAAAAAAGUGUAGCGAACUAUGUGGAUGUCAAUGGCAAUGUUGUGACUGAUUUAGUAGAGGCUGAAAUCACCAAAAUGCACAACUCUCUUUUGAGCGAACGCAAAGAAAAAUGAUGUAUACAUCCUAAUCAUUUUUCUUUGCGUCGAAGGUUAGGUCGUGUA